UGAAGAUGAUGAAUGGUUUCAAUUUCAAUGGCCAUGUCCAUCUGUAUGCGGAUGCUGGUGUGGUUGGAACAGCCAACCCAGGCACCACGGUGAUGACUUCGAUGUCCUCGCCUACCCAUGAUGACGUCGUCGUGGAUGAGCCAGUGAGCGAGACUUCAUGGAAGGAAUACACCUUCCCAGUCGCCGAUGAUGAUGGCACUUGUGCCUGGCCUGGUGAUGCGCUGGAUUCAUCAGACUCAACCAGCCCAACUCCGUGUGAGACGGUGCCUCCCAUUGAGAACCAGAAGACUGUGGUGAGGUUAGAGAUUGAUCCUGCGGCCAAGAAGCGCCGGAUCACUUUGAUCUUGGACCCGGAGGAAAGUAAGCAGUGGUAAGUUAAGUCGGCGGAAGUUCC